AUGGCGAUAGAAAAUCUUAGAAGACUAUAUAACUCGUUUGCAAGACACACUAACCAAAUAUACUUGAGAAUUGAGGAGAUGUGUGCAAUAAAUUCAUUUGUUAAGUCCGAAAAGCUUGUUCUUCACAUAUGUGGAAAUCCAGGAACAGGAAAGACACACGUUACUACAAAUACUCUAAAGUGUGAGUUUAUGUACAUAAAUUAUUAUACUGAGAAGAACAUUUUUGAGAUUAUAAAGAAAAGCACAAGCUUAGUUGUGGUUAUUGAUGAGUUUGAUAAAUAUUAUCACGAAAGAAAUAAUGAGUGUUUACAAAUGAUGGCAUAUCUAAGAAAGAAAAACAGAAAGAUAAUAACGCUAUCGAACAAUUUGAGAAUGCCUUCUGAGGCAUUGUUCUUCAAGCCAUACACUUCACUAGACAUGGAGUUAAUUUUGAAGCAAAAAGUAACUGAACAGUAUACCGAGGAGAUUCUAAACAACACCUUAAUCAAAAUGAUUUCAAGAAGGUUUGGGCCUUCGGGUGACCUUAGGUCGUUAUUCAAGCAUAUACAGGAUGUUAUAGCUGAAAAGAUUUUGAUUGCUGAAUCACAAAUUUUAGGCAAUCCAUCAACCAUUGACAGUUCAAUAAAAACCUGCAAUCAUACAAAUAUUGCACUUCAGGACAUUCAGAUAGAUAAAAACGGAUUCUCAGAUCAGCCAGGCAAUUUUCAUCAUGAAACCAUUCGGUCUCUGAUAUCAAACAGCAAAAAGCUUUCCAAAAUAGAGAUAUAUUCCAAAUACCUGAAUGAAUGCCAUGAAAUGAAAAUACCUUCUUAUGACAGAGUUGAUUUUAAUAUUAUCUAUGAUAUGUACAAUUGA